CGAUUGGUCGUUGUGUGCCCAUGUCUCGCGUUCCGAAUUCGAAAUAAUCGCGACGAACAUCAGUUAGCAGAAUGAUGAUUUGUGUACUGUUAAGUUUUUGUUUUAUGAUUUUAAUGUUGUGAUAAAUUGCAAAGCUGUGGAGCGUCAAGGCUCAGUGCCGUGUCAAGGUUCGAUGACAAAAAUAUAUUAAAAUAGUGAAAAUAUGAAAUUAAAUCGUACAAUGGGAUCAACGAAGCUAAUAGGACUAUGUUCAAGGAAUGGUUUACAAAGUAAGAAUAUAAUUCAAAUUGUAAUGAAAUUGAAAACAUUAUGAAAAUCAAACAUUAUCCAGGGAAAGCGGUCAUGGAGGAUCCUUGGCUUUCUAUCAGUGAUAGAACUAUGGACCUUGUAUACGCAGCCAAUUGGGUCGGGGCAAACAAUCUCCAGAAUUUUAAAGAGGAUGACGAUAAAUCUAGUUUUAAUUCAAUAUCUCGAAGUAAAUCUUGUCGAGAUGUGGGGCGAACUGUCGAUAAAGAAGAAAAUAACGACACGCAUACACACAAUCGUCAACGGUAUAAUUACAAUAACAACGUUUCUAACGAAAAUAUAUCUCAAUUAGCAAAAUAUCAACAAGAUAUUGAAGAAAAAGCAAGGGCCAAUAAUAAUUUCCUUACGCCUAACAAGUUAAAACAUAGUUAUAGUUUUAAAGAUAUGCCAAAUGGUUAUAAACCGUCAACACUAAGGAGAGUGAAAAGACGAAAUUUCAAUGAUUGGGAUAUUGAAUCUUUUGCCUCUAGUGAUCGGCAAGCCCCAGUUCCUCCACAAAGGAAAGAUUCUCUUAAAUAUGCACAUCGUCAAAGAAAGGUUGAUUCUAAGAAGAGCUAUUACCCUCUCCCUGAUCCAGGGCCAGUACCGCCUGAUCCAUCAUCGGAGUCGUAUUAUGAAUAUUAUUCAAGAGUUAGUCAACAGAAUAAUGAUACUGAUAGUGAUAAAAUUAAACUGAUGCAAAAAGAACCACGAAAAGAAAAGAAUGUUCUAAAUGGCGAUAUCAAGACAUAUGGUACGAUUCGUGGAUAUGGCAAUGACACUAUGUAUCAAUUAAUCAAUUCAAUGGCAACCUUGGAUUUGACGCCUAUAAAAUCUAGAUCAGGAAAUAAAAACCUCGACAUGGAUAGUGAGACGGAAGAUUUGGGCUUAUAUAUGCAUCCUAUUAAAGAAUCGUUAUCUACAUGCGAACCACUUCCUAAGCGCACAACACAAUCUGACAAAGAACGGAACGGACGUGCAGACAAUAUUAAACCUAGUUUUCGCUCUAAAUCUUUAAGAGUAAAAAGCGAAGGUAGGGCACCCCUACGAUCUUAUCUCGAUACACAUGAAGAAGAAAGUAAAGUAUACAAUGGAGUUACCGUCACACAACCAAAACGAAAUCUUUGUCCGAGCGAACAACUGACACUUAUGCAGUACGGAAUGGGUCGAGGAAGUCAACAGCCACCUGUCGUGACCGGCAAUGGAUACCAUUCUGUUGAUUUAGGAAAGGAAAGUGACAAUAUUCGGACUACGAACGGUGCUAGACAAAUUAAACCGGAUAAAUACGGGAAGUUAUAUAAUACAGUGAGAGUGAAAAGUGAAGAUCGGUAUGAUAGGUAUAACGACAUUUUAUCUUUUAAUUUGCCUAGAGAUCGUAUUAGUGAAGAACGUGUAACUAGUAAAAACGGUGCGUACCCGCGAAGUGCUAAAAGUUCAUCAAGUGGCUCUGACUCUGAUUUCUCGAUUCCUCGCCCAAAAUUGAUAGUGCCUGUUCAUACAUAUGGAACUAGAAAGAGGAGGACAGGAAAUCUUUGUCAAAAAGAUAGUACGGCAACAGAAACAUCUCUUGACGCGGGCAUAUUACUCGAUGUCACGCGCUUAGAAGACAAAUCAUUCGAUAAAAAUGAAAAUGAGGAUUCAGAGGGCAGAGUGGAAGUGUCACGUGAGAACAAAUACCUCAGCACGAUGGCACCAGGCAAGGUGUUCGGUGAGCUGGCAAUCCUAUACAACUGCAAGAGAACCGCCACAAUCAAAGCCGCUACCGACUGCCGGCUUUGGGCUAUCGAGCGACAAUGUUUCCAGACCAUCAUGAUGAGGACUGGCCUUAUCAGACAGGCUGAAUAUACAGACUUCCUUAAGAGUGUACCGAUAUUCAAGAACCUAUCAGAAGACACGCUGAUUAAGAUCUCCGAUGUACUUGAGGAGACACAUUACCAGAACGGCGACUACAUCAUUAGACAAGGCGCCAGGGGAGACACAUUCUUCAUUAUAUCAAAGGGACAGGUUAAAGUAACGCAAAAGCAACCGAACAGUAACGAUGAGAAAUUUAUCAGAACUCUCACGAAAGGCGAUUUCUUCGGCGAGAAGGCGUUGCAAGGAGACGAUCUUCGAACGGCGAACAUUGUCUGUGACUCGCCGGAAGGCACCACGUGUCUCGUUAUCGACAGGGAGACUUUCAAUCAGCUGAUUUCUUCUCUUGACGAAAUCCGAACCAAAUAUAAGGACGAGGGCGAUGAUAGACAGAGACUAAACGAAGAGUUCGACAACUUGAGGUUGUCCGAUCUCCGCAUCAUCGCUACACUGGGUAUUGGAGGAUUUGGUCGAGUUGAACUUGUGCAAAUCCAAGGUGACUCCAGUCGAUCCUUCGCCUUAAAACAAAUGAAGAAAGCGCAGAUCGUUGAAACGAGACAGCAACAGCACAUCAUGUCGGAGAAGGAGAUAAUGUCCGAAAUGAACUGCGAAUUCAUUGUGAAGUUGUAUAAAACGUUCAAAGAUCGUAAAUACUUGUAUAUGCUUAUGGAGACUUGCCUUGGAGGAGAAUUGUGGACUAUUUUAAGGGAUAGAGGUCAAUUCGACGAUUCUACCACUCGGUUCUACACGGCAUGCGUUGUCGAGGCCUUCCACUAUUUACAUUCUAGGAAUAUAAUUUACAGGGAUCUCAAACCGGAGAACUUACUGCUGGACUCGAAAGGCUACGUGAAGCUAGUAGACUUUGGUUUCUCGAAGAAACUACAAGCGAGCCGAAAGACUUGGACCUUCUGCGGGACGCCGGAGUACGUCGCGCCAGAGGUUAUCAUGAACAGGGGACACGAUAUCAGUGCUGACUAUUGGUCUUUAGGUGUACUAAUGUUCGAGCUACUGACCGGUUCCCCGCCGUUUACGGGAGCCGAUCCUAUGAAGACGUACAACAAGAUCCUGAAGGGGAUAGACGCGGUGGAGUUCCCGCGCUGCAUCACGCGCAACGCUGCCAAUCUUAUCAAGAAACUGUGUCGUGACAACCCUGCGGAGCGGUUGGGCUACCAGCGCGGUGGUAUUACUGAGAUACAGAAACAUAAAUGGUUCGAUGGCUUCAACUGGGAGGGCUUAGCUCAGCGUACGCUGGAUCCUCCUAUCACUCCCGUCGUCAAAUCAGCCAUUGACACGCAUAACUUCGACCAGUACCCGCCUGACGCAGAUGAGCCCCCACCCGAUGACCUUUCAGGAUGGGACUCCACUUUCUAAACACCAUGUGUCGCGAAACGAGGCCUCGCUUGAGACAAAUGGAUGAUGUCGGAAAUAACCGACAGUAAUCUCCAGAAAAUAUGUAGAUACGAAUGUGUAAGUGCCUUACAAUGACAUCGAAUGAUCUGGUUGUUACCAACAUUUUUAAUAAUUAGUGGUUGGUAAUUAUAUGGGAGAAUAUAAUAUGGCUACAUUUUUGUUUUUGUUCAUAAAGGUAGUGCUAUUUACAAAGUUUAUAACAAUUAAUGCAAUUUUUUGCUUUGUUAUGAAUGAAAAACAAAAAUAUUUUUUUUAAAGAUGUACAAGCAAUGUUGUAGUACAGCUAUCCGUCAUGAGAUGGCGCGCAUGCAUGAAUUGUUGUAAUAACUUUUCAAGUGUCAAAAAUGUUUAUUUUUUUAAUAAAACCUGUAUUUUAGAUAGUAUUUAUAAGUAAGAUCUUUGUUUUAAUACUAUAUUAUUAUCUCCAUUGUCUCAUAGCUUGGGUUGAAAGGUUAAGAAACUUCUUUACCUAAAGUUAUCGAAUAUUGCAUUCAGCUUAGAAUCAAAUAGGAAUUAUCUCAUUUAGUUUUAAUUAAUGAUGUUGAUAAAUGUUUGCCAUUAUUUUAAUUACAGCGCUUGCCAAGGGUAACCGAUAUUUUAUAAUAAUGCCGCAAAUAUUAUAAAACAUAUAUAUUUUUUUAAUCAAAAAAUUAAACACAUUACAUUCUAAAAACAUCCAAUAAUAUACAUUUUGUUUACAAUAUAUGAAAUUAAAAUAUGCAAGAUUUAUUAAAGCAAGCCUAACCCUUAUCUGCCCAUGGGGUCGUUUUUAUCCCACUGACGAAAUAACCCUUUCAGAGCUAAAAACUGCUGAGUACUAUUACAUAUAUGAUAUUAUGGGAAAUUUAUAAAAUCGGCCCCAAAAAUGUUCUGGGCAUGUAUGGGUUUUAGGAAUACCAAAAUAUCGUUACCAGAGUCGUACGUUUUAUUUGAAUUACUUUAUAUAGAUAAUAUAUUACUUAAAUUGACAACUGAAUAUAUUAAUUUCAUGGUUUCAAAUAUUUAGUAAUAAUUUUUUCUUAGAAAAUUAUUAUUGUUUGGUUAACGUUUGACAUUUUGGAAAGAAAUGUCCGAUAGUAAUGAUAAUUUAGUUCUGUCGUGGAGAAUGGAGAAAUUAUUUACAAUAGUUAAUUAUUUGGUUAAUUAUAUAUUUAUAGCGUAUUGUGUGACAAAGCUAUCAUUAAGGUCGCAAAUUAAUAAAUAAAUUGUUGUAAUAAUAAAACUGAUCGUCAUACCGCUCAAAUGCGAUUUGAAUUUAAAAAUUUUAAGAUUAUCCGUUUUUUGUUUUAAAAUUAUAUUGAUUUUAAUCGAAAUCAUUCAACAGUACUUACUUCAAAAAAAAAAAACAUAAUGAGCUUUCAAUAGAUUAUAUUGAUUUAAUUUACCACAGACUAUAUAUAUACUAACGCUUAAUUGUGUUUUUAAAUUGUAAUUAAGUAUAUGUUUUUAUUAAAUUAUUUUUAAUAAACAAUAUACAUUACUUAACAUUUAUUUAUCAGGCGUGUUAUGAUCAACAAUAUAAAGUAUCUGUAGAAAUUAAUUUUAUUUCGAAUUGUUAGCUGAUGGUAGCCGAUGGUAGCUGAUGGUAGCUGAUGGUACCUUCCAUACAUGACGUAUUUUAUAUGAUAAUAAUAACAUGGCUAAUCCCUCAUUAAUAUGAAGUCAAUUAAUAUAAGUCUUCCCUUAAUAAAGUUGCGAGUGAUUGAUUGUAAAUAUAAAUAUAGGAUAAAUUAAUAUGUAUUUUAUAUUAAAUAUUCAAAAAAUACCUUAUAUAUUAGAUUUAGUUAAUAUAUAAUGAGAAAUUGUAACUAUUGUAAGGACAUCUAUUUUUGUAAUCAUAAACUAAAUAGGAUAAAUGAUUAUUGUAAUUAUUUAAAAUUUUAUGGAUUUUGAAAAAUGUAAAAUACAUUAUUUCGAUUG